CCACUCGCGGAAGUGACGUAACUCUUCGUUUGUUCCUCCAAUCAGAGCUCACAGCGCACGAUUUCGAACGUCAACGUCCCCGACGGGAAAUACGACACAGAAGCAACUAACACAAAAUAUACAACUUACGCACUAUUCUGUCUACAGUAGCUGUUUAUUCAUCUUAUGAUAGUGGCAAAUAAUUGGGUGAGACGUACGCCGUGUUUUGGUGAAUCUCGACGUAAUAUGGAGAUAAACGUUAACCGUUGAUCAACUGAUAGACUUCACGCUGCUGUAUUUCGUGGAUGAGAGACUGAUCGCGCGUAGCUCAGCCAUGGUUCGGGAGCGGGUGGUGCAGAAGAAGUCCUUCCAGCAAAGUCUGGACGACAUCAAGGACAAAAUGAAGGAAAAGAGAAACAGGCGUCUCGCCAGCGCUUUAGCUGCCAGCCACGGCCUGUCCAAACUGAAGAACAAACACACAGCUACAGUGAAGCCGUUUGUCCUGAAAAGCGUGCAGGUGAAUAACAAAGCGCUUGCAGUGGCCCUGCAGACAGAGAGGGAGAAGGUACGGCAAGCACAGGGGGUCAUCCUGCAGCUCAAGAAAGAAAGACAAGCGCUCAUCUUUCACUUGCUGAUGCUGAAGAGGACGCUUAAAGAUCGAAAACCUGCUGAAAGUGCCCAGGUUUCUCCUGUUGAGACGAGUCCACCUCAUCCCAUCAGUCCUAAACCCGUACAUGUGGUUGAGACCGAUAUCCCUGAUCAUCUCUCAGCAGAACCACCUUUUACUGCAGAGGCUGUUCCAGGUUGUCGCAGUGACAGACAGGUUUCGUUGCCCCCCACAGUAGGAACAAGGCGAAAGAGACGCUCUGAGGUUGUGAGGAGGCGAAGCUCACGUUUUGACUCUGGCAGGGUUGAGAAAUUUGACACAGUAGAUGUGAAAAGAGAAGAUACUAUUGAUAACAGACAAGAGAUGGGGCUAAACACACCAUUGGAGGAGAUGUGUCAUGAACAAGAAGAGCUUAAUGAGGAACAAGCUGGACAAAAAACAGGGCCGAACUGUGAGUUCGACCUAGAGAUUUCUGAAGUCCCAUCCAUUCAGCACUCGACACCUGAGCCCCCCCAGCGGCCCACCAGACAGCCCAAGAAGAAACCUACCCAAGCUGCUCCCCGCCCCAAACCAGAGAGGGGACGCAAACCAGACCGAGCCCCAUUAAAGAAACCAUGGGAAAACCCCAAACCGCGUGCUCGCUCCAAGAGCCGGGACCGAUCUCAGAGUCGUGUAAAAGGGUCGCUUCUACCUGCCGAUCGCCUUAACUCCUCGUUGGGCGGCAAUGACACCUUUGACUUCGACUGUGAAGAGGCCAUCCAUCUAACGCCUUUCAAAGCAGGAACCAAAGCUGUGGAGAAACCAUCACCUGAUGCUCCGGAUAAAGAGGACGAGGUCCUGCCCAGUCCUGUUGCCAUGGAAACCAACAACAGCCUCUCAGAAGAUGAACAGGAUGAGGAUGAUUCUCCUUACAUACCAAAGAGGAGAUCCAGAAGAGCUCGGAGUCCACCGCCCAGACGGGCUCGCUCUAAAAGACGGUCCGCUCAAGAGGCCAGAGCAAACCAAGGAAAAGAAAAGCAGGACCUUGUUGAAAUACAGUACACGGAAAAAAGGGGGCCUGAAACUGAAGAAAUUGGCCUGUAUCUCCACGAUGAUCUUGACCCAGGCCUUCUGCUCCCACAUUCACCAGUUUGUGCUUCUCCUGAGAAACCCAGCCAAUCAGAACCAAGCCAAGAGAUCUGCCAAGCGCCACCUUCUGUUGUUUCAGUGGAGUCUCCGAUCCCGAUUACUCCUGGUGGAGAGGCGGAGCUUAUGAUGAUUGACUGCCCAAUAUUUGAAUUUCCAAAGCACCCUUGCAGCCCAUCCGACCAGGAAAAUGAAAUGCCCUUGGUGAAUAGAAGCAGGAGAAAGGGUGGGCUGGUUGUUCGCUCCUUUCUGGGCUUGGGUUUGAGUGAUGUGACAAAUCUCUCCCCCGCAGCCCAUCAGAAGCCCAUGUCUGCUCAGAACACCCCUCAAAGCUCCAGUCGUAAACGUCGCUGUACGAGUACUGUCAACUACAAGGAGCCCUCGAUCAGCUCGAAACUUCGACGUGGUGACAAAUUUACAGACACGCGUUUCCUGCGUUCCCCCAUCUUCAAACAGAAACCCACUUCCCGUCGGAGUUCAAUUAAAAAGAUGGAAUUAUAUAACGAGUCUUUUGUGGGUUGUCGCUGCUUUCUGGAGCUUCUUCAACUCAUGCUUGAUGAUCUUGUUCCUCUGCAGAGAGAAGCAAAAAACAGAACAGAUCAAGAGGAAUUUGUGCUUACACAAAGGAGGUCCUGGUGGAUCUCCAGUUGGCUGCCAUCCUGGUGUCCCACCUCACUCUCCCAUCUUAUAAAAGCAGAAAACAAAAUCCUGAAACCCAUCAAAGAGAAAUUUACUCAAGGAUAUGUUCCCAUAUCUAAUGGAAACUACAUAUGGACUCUUGGCUUUAAUGAAAGAGAAAGCUCAUCUGGGGAUCAAUGUCAUCAGGUCCCACUGGUGCUGCUACAUGGUUUUGGGGGUGGAGUGGGUCUGUGGGUAAAAAACCUACCUGCCCUUGCAUUGGAAGGACAGCCCGUGUUUGCAUUGGACAUGUUAGGUUUUGGACGCAGCAGUCGACCAACUUUUGGCAGCGAUGCCAAGGAUGCAGAGGAGCAGUUUGUACAAGCCCUGGAGGACUGGAGAAAAGCAGAAGGGUUGGAAUAUAUGAUUCUUGUUGGCCAUGAUCUUGGUGGAUAUGUGUCCGCUGCAUAUGCCCUGAAAUAUCCUCACAGAUUGAAGCACUUGGUGUUGGUGGAGCCUUGGGGUUUUGCAGCGAGACCAAAUGUUCAGGAGCAUUGGGUUCCCAUCUGGAUUAAAGUAUUCGGAGCAGCAAUGAAUCCAUUUAACCCUCUUGGUCUGCUUAGGCUGGCAGGCCCACUGGGUCCUUUGUUGCUACAGCUUUUGCGAUCAGAUUUCAAGCAGAAAUAUGCUUCUGUAUUUGCUGAUGACACAGUGGCUGAUUACAUAUACCAUGUGAACGCACAAACAGCCAGCGGUGAGACAGCGUUUAAAAACAUGACGAUCCCAUAUGCAUGGCCUCAGCACCCCAUGAUGGACCGUGUGGAGAUGAUCAGUCCCUCUCUUCCCAUGACCUUCAUCUACGGAUCACGUUCCAACAUCGAUGGCCAAUCAGGAAAGGCAAUUCAAGAAAUCAGACCCAACUCACAGACAGAAAUCAUAGUCAUUCAGGGUGCAGGUCACUACGUAUUCGCAGACCAAUCCGAGGACUUCAACCAGGCUGUGAUCAAGAUCUGCAAUAAUGUCAAGCACAAUGGGAAGGAUGAAUGAGAGAGAGAG